GCGCAGAUCCGCAAUCUUGGCACGAAGCUGCUCAGCGACCACCGCGCGCGCAACAUCGCGAUCAUCCUCAAGCGGCUGCCGGUGUCCACGAAGGAAGAGUUUGGGCGGAGUGGUAUUACAAGGAGCUGACGAAGAUCCUCGAGGGCCUCGUUUGGGAGACCACCAAGCUGUCAGUGGACGACCUGGAGCUUGCUUUGGAGGUCAUUCCCACGCAGGAGGAGGUCCAGAGACUGCGCCAGCACCAGGCUCCCGAGGCCAAGUCUCUGCUGCGGGACGUGGAGCAGCUCGUGAUGCCCCUCGCGCUGCUGAGCCGAGGCCUGGCCCCGCCUCGGGGGCCGCGGGCUCCGCAGAGGCCCGGCCGGGGCCCGCCGAGCCCCGGAGGCCAGGCCGAGCUGGCUGGCUGCUGCCCGCCCUUCGCGCGCCUCUCCUCCGCGCCAGCCCCCGACACCCUGCGGCUGCUGGACCAGCCGAAUGACGACCCGCGCCCGGCGUCCCGUGGCUCGGAGGCGCUGGUCCGGCGAGGCCCGCAGGAAAUGCAGGCCUGCAGGACGCCGCGGGCACGGAGAGCAGACAGCCGCUGUGGGAGGAGGCCGCUGUGUCUCAGCUGGCGUUGCCACUAG